AUGGCUCUGCCGGUGACGGCCUCCAUCCCCCUCCCCGAUGAGCUCCUGGAGGAUAUCUUCCUCCGCCUACCCACCCUAGACACGCUCGCAUGCGCCUCCGCCACCUGCACCUCCUUCUAUUGCGUCAUCAAAGGGCGCGCCUUCCGCCGCCGCUUCCGCAUGCUGCAUCGGCCUUCGCUCCUCGGCUUCAUUGACGCGGCCGGAUUCCAGCCCGUCCAGGCGCCGCACCCCUCUGCCCCGCUGGCCGCCGCCCUCGGCCCAUGCGCUGCGGAUUUCUCCUUCGUCCCGGUCGUUGUUUCUUCCUCAUCCUAUAUCCUGCCCGAGGAGGAUGGCCCUUGUUGGCGUCCUCGUGACGCCCGUGAUGGUCGCGUCCUCCUCGAUUGGAUCUCCCUCCAACCAUGCAUCGUCAAGAACUGGAGCUACUCAGGAAAAGGCUCCGAAGUUAGCAUCCUCAUGGACAGGAGGGAGCUCGUUGACUUCUUCGAUGAUGGUCGCCGCCUCACCUGGACCAAACGGGAGCGGUGCAACGCCGCCGACUUUCACCUUGUUGUCUGUGACCCCCUGUCCAAGAGAUACCUGUUGCUUCCAACCAUACCUGAGGACCUCGCCGCUCAGCCACAGGAUCGCCUUUGGGAAUUUGAGCCCGUACUUGCUCCAAAUACCAGCGAUGAGAGCGAGGAGAAUCCCUUCAAGGUGAUAUGCAUAGCAAGGUACCUGAAAAAGCAUGUUCUCUUUGUCAUCCAGUCCACAACUAUGCAAUGGUGUAUGGUUGAGUCCCCUGUCCUCCCUUCUUUGGACGACAUGUCCUAUUUUGACUGUGUAUGCGGCUGCUUCUACUGGACACAGUGUUGGUUUUGGAGUGACAAUUUGAUGGUGCUUGACACAUGCACUUUGAGGUUUUCAAUCGUCAAUUUUUUCACCGGCUACCAUCUGCAGCUCAGAGAUACUUACCCGGGCUUUCUUCGUCGGCGCCCAAAUGCAGUUGUUGCGGGCAGGGAAGGAGCCAUUGAGAUGUUUUCUCUUGUUGGUCAACAUGGGUCAUUUUCUCUCCAUCAUACCUCUCUACAGGAUAAUUUGCAUGAAUGGAAGCUUGAGAAGAUUGUACAGCUACCUGGGCAGUAUCAGGAGUAUUCUAUUUCCACAGUGGGUGCAGCCGAGGGAUUCUUGUUCUUCCAGGGCGCUCCGCUUGGCAUUGAGUUUCAGAAUGUUGAUUGGUACUUAAUGGAUGUCAAAACUUAUGAAAUUACCAAGAUCUAUACAAAGAUGGGGAAUUUCUUUGAUCGUAAACGUGCCAUUCCCUACUUUAGCUUCCCAAGUCUGUUAUCAGAACCAACUAUUUGA